CCAAUAAAUCUACCAAUAAUACCAAAAAAUAAUUUCUUUUGAAACAUGAAUAUACCAAUAAAUAAACAAACAAGCAUCAUUAGACAAACACCGAAACUUAUCCAAUGUGCUGUAUAUGAUUCUGUCUUUAUCAGUUAUCAAUUAAAACGUGGACAAUUAUAUCAAAGCGGACACUCAAUAGAACAGAUGUAUAAUGUAUUGUUCAAUCAGUAACAAACCAAAUAAUGGCUUGGUCACUACAACAACGAUGGUUGUUUCUUGUGCUUCCACUGGUUUUUGCCACUUCUGUUACAAGCUGCUACACAUCAAUCUUCAGCUUCGGAGAUUCUCUUACUGAUACAGGCAAUUUGAAUUUCAUUUCUUCACCACAGAGCCCCAAUUGUCUGCUUCCUCCUUAUGGUGAAACCCAUUUUCAUCACCCUACUGGAAGAUGCUCUGAUGGCCGUCUCAUCAUUGAUUUCAUAGCUGAGUCUUUUGGGCUUCCGUAUGUGAAACCUUAUCUGGGUUUCAAAGAUGGUGAAGUGGAGGAACAUGGAGUGAAUUUUGCUGUUGCUGGAGCUACUGCUUUGGAUAGAAGUUUCUUUGAAGAGAAAGGGUUUACUGUUGAAGUAACUGCAAAUUACUCUCUGAUGGUUCAGUUAGAUUGGUUCAAGGAAUUGUUGCCUUCUCUAUGCAAUUCUUCUUCAAGUGAAGGCUGCAAAGAAGUUUUUGGGAGCUCCUUGUUUAUUGUGGGAGAGAUUGGAGGCAAUGAUUAUGGUUUUCCCUUGUUUGAUAAAAAUGCUUUAGGAGAUCUUAUUACUUAUGUACCACCAAUAAUAUCUGUAAUCACUUCAGCAAUCAAGAAGUUGAUUGAUUUAGGAGCUGUAACAAUUUUGGUUCCUGGAAGUUUACCACUUGGGUGCAAUCCAGCCUAUUUAACUAUGUUUGCAACUACAAACAAAGAGGAGUAUGACCAAGCUGGAUGUUUGAUAUGGUUAAACGAGUUUUUCGAAUACCAUAAUGAGAAGCUUCGUAUCGAACUAAAUAGGCUUCGAGGGCUAUAUCCGUUUACUAAUAUCAUCUAUGCAGAUUAUUUCAAUGCUGCAUUGCAGUAUUACAAAUCUCCAGAACAAUAUGGAUUUGAUGGAAAUGCUUUUAAAGUAUGUUGUGGAGGUGGAGGUCCUUACAAUUACAAUGAUACAGCACUAUGUGGAAGCUCAGAAGUGAUUGCAUGUGAUGAUCCUUCAAAAUAUGUUAGCUGGGAUGGAUAUCAUUCUACUGAAGCUGCACAUAGAUGGAUUACCAAGGCUAUAUUAGAAGGAUCAUACACCAUCCCUAAAUUUAGUGUCUCGUGUCUUAGUAGUGAAUGAAACCUUUGGAGAUUUCUUUUAACUAUGCAAUGAAAUAAAAAUCAAUGUAUUAAUGUAAAAUAUCAGUCUUACCAGUGAAACAAAAUUUCAAUGUCACAGUCUAUUAUCUAUUUCAUGCAUAUAAACUGAGAUAAGAAAAUAAAGUUGUGUUUGCAACCAA